UGGGAGAAGCUACCCAUCACGCCCAAUAUCUCUCGAGCUAGGCAAAGCAUCGGCCAGUCGAUCGCACGACUGCUCGGAAAUCGGGUUGGAGCGGAGUGCGCGAGAAGCUUUGCGAAGCGGCAAUGGAGGCGCCGCGCAUCCGCCUCCGCCUCCCCUUCCUCCUGCUGGUGCUCGUGGUCUCGCCGCCGGCGAACGGGUGGCGGCCGGGCGCCUCGGCGGCAAGGGUGGCGCCCCGCAGCCUCGAGCCCCUCCCCACCGCCGCGCUGCGCCGCCUCUACGACACCUCCAACUACGGCAAGCUGCAGCUCAACAACGGCCUCGCCCUCACCCCGCAGAUGGGGUGGAACAGCUGGAAUUUCUUCGCCUGCAACAUCAACGAAACUGUCAUCCGCGAGACAGCUGACGCACUAGUCUCGACGGGGCUGGCUGAUUUGGGCUACAACUAUGUAAACAUCGGUACAGUACUUGGCUCACUAUUAUAUACUUACUGGCUGAAGCAAGUACGUUGUUCUCGCCUGAUUUUCCUCUUGUUCCUUUCAGAUGAUUGUUGGUCCAAUGUAAAAAGAGGAAAUAAGGAUCAACUGUUGCCUGACCCAAAGACUUUCCCUUCUGGCAUCAAAGCUCUUGCGGACUAUGUGCAUGGAAAAGGUCUAAAACUUGGUAUAUACUCUGAUGCCGGGAUUUUUACUUGUCAAGUUCGACCUGGAUCACUCCGUCAUGAAAAGGAUGAUGCUGCAACAUUUGCUUCAUGGGGUGUUGACUACCUGAAGUAUGACAACUGUUACAAUUUGGGAAUAAAGCCCAAGGAAAGGUAUCCUCCAAUGCGUGAUGCUUUAAAUUCAACUGGACGCCAGAUAUUCUACUCUCUAUGUGAAUGGGGCCAGGAUGAUCCAGCUUUAUGGGCUGCCAAAGUUGGUAACAGUUGGCGCACAACAGAUGACAUACAGGAUACAUGGAAAAGCAUGACUGACAUUGCUGAUAAGAAUAACAAGUGGGCAUCUUAUGCUGGACCUGGUGGAUGGAAUGACCCGGACAUGCUGGAAGUCGGGAAUGGUGGCAUGACCUUUGCAGAGUAUCGUGCACAUUUUAGCAUCUGGGCACUUAUGAAGGCUCCUCUCUUAAUUGGUUGUGAUGUCAGAAACAUGACUAAAGAAACAACGGAAAUAUUGAGCAACAAAGAAGUAAUUCAAGUGAAUCAAGAUCCUCUUGGAGUUCAAGGAAGAAGAAUCUUAGGACAAGGGAAAAAUGGAUGCCAAGAGGUGUGGGCUGGUCCCCUCUCUGGUAACCGUCUGGCUGUUGCUUUAUGGAACCGCUGUGAGGAGACUGCCAAUAUUACAAUAAAAUUGCCAUCUGUAGGCCUUGAUGGUUCAUCUGCCUAUUCUGUUAGAGAUCUGUGGAAGCAUGAAACUCUAUCAGAGAACGUUGUAGGUACUUUUGGGGCACAAGUUGAUGUGCAUGACAGCAAAAUGUACAUUUUUACUGCCGCCGUCACCGUUGCAGCAAGUUGAUCAUGGGAGUGUCAUCCCUGAUGCUUUCCUGAGAAGCACACGGUAUCUACUCAGAUUACACCUAGUGAUCAUUGAUCAAUCGUCCGCCAUUUCGGUCGACUCAACAGGUCUACAGAAAUUUGCUUCGUGAAAGUGCUCCCAUUUAGUUCGUGCAGUGUCAGCAGACCAAUUAAGGUUUUCAUUGUAAAUCACGUAAAUUUGUUAGUCCUCUGCUGUACAGGCGCAGGAUGCAAGUUAAAUAAUUUGUUCUGUUGUGAAAAUGAAAUGGUACAUAAAUUAAAUAAAAAUAUUUUUUUAGAAAAUAGUUUCAAAGCAGCCAGUUUCCGCA